AUGGAGAGCGUGUCACCUGGGGGACCACCUGACCAUCCUCAGCAGGGGGAGGCCUCUGCCUGCUGGCGGCUCACCGUAAGGGUCCUGGAGGCGCGGAACCUGCCCUGGGCGGACCUGAUGAGCGAGACAGACCCGUACGUGGUCCUGCGGCUGCCAACCGCACCGGGUAUGACGUUUAAGACCAAAACAGUCACCGACUCCAGUCAUCCUGUGUGGAACGAGACCUUCAGUUUCCUAGUCCACAGUCAGGUCAAGAAUGUUCUGGAGCUUAGUGUCUACGAUGAGGACUCAGUCACGGAGGAUGACAUCUGCUUCAAGGUGCUCUAUGACAUCUCAGAAGUCCUCCCUGGCAAGCUGCUCCGGAAGACCUUCUCCCAGUGUCCCCAGGGAGAGGAGGAGCUGGACGUGGAGUUCCUGAUGGAGAAAACCUCGGACCGCUCAGAAAACCUCAUCACCAACAAUGUCCUUGUGGCCCGAGAGCUGUCAUGCCUGGACGUGCGUCUGGACCGCACGGGGAGCGCUGCCGUGGUCGCAGAUCAGGACAAGCCGGAGCUGGAGCUAGUGUUGAAGGGGUCAUAUGAGGACACACAGACAUUGGCCCUGGGCACAGCCUCUGCCUUCUGCUUUCACUACAUGGCGGCCCAAGAGACAGAGCUGAUCGGGCACUUGAGGAGCUCCACAAGCAAUGUCUGGAACUGGAAUAAUUCAGCUUGGCACCUCACUGUGCCCCUGAGGUCCUUGGCUGUGGGGAAAGAGGUGACCAUUGAUGUUCCUGCUGCAAAUGCCCCAGGAGUGAGGCUGCAGCUCAAGGCAGAGAGCUGCCCCAAGGAGCUGGCUGUGCGGCUGGGCUUCGAUCCGUGUGCGGAGGAGCAGGCCUUCCUGAGCAGGAGGAAGCAGGUGGUGGCUGCGGCCCUGAAGCAGGCCCUGCAGCUGGACAGAGACCUGCAUGAGGACGAGGUCCCCGUUGUGGGCAUUGUGGCCACAGGAGGAGGUGCCCGGGCCAUGACCGCACUCUAUGGCCACCUAUUGGCCCUGCAGAAGCUGGGUCUUCUUGACUGUGUGACCUACUUCAGUGGCACCUCAGGCUCUACAUGGACAAUGGCCCACCUAUACGGGGACCCUGAGUGGUCGCAUGGGGACCUUGAGGGUCCCAUCAGACAUGUCCGGGAGCACCUUGCCAAGAGCAAACUGGAAGUCUUCUCCCCAGAGUGCCUGGCGGGCUACCGCCGGGAGCUGGAGCUGCAGGCUGAGCAGGGCCACCCCACGACCUUUGUGGACCUGUGGGCCCUGGUGCUGGAGUCCAUUCUGCAUGGCCAGGUGAUGGAUCAGAAGCUGUCAGGGCAGAGAGCCGCACUGGAGCGGGGUCAGAACCCUCUGCCUCUCUACUUGGGCCUCAAUGUCAAGGAGAACAAUCUGGAGACGCUCGACUUCAAGGAGUGGGUCGAAUUCUCCCCCUACGAGAUCGGGUUCCUGAAGUACGGAGCCUUCAUCCCUCCUGAGCUCUUUGGCUCCGAGUUCUUUAUGGGACGGCUGAUGAGCAGGCGCCCUGAGCCCCGGAUCUGCUUUCUGGAAGGUAUCUGGAGCAACAUUUACUCCCUGAACUUGCUGGACGCCUGGUAUGACCUCACCAGCUCUGGGGAGGCCUGGAAGCGGUACAUCAAGGACAAGAUGAGGAACAUAGAGAAGGAGCCCCCGGCCUCUUCGGGGACCUCCUCGUGGCUGGAUGCCUUGUGGCUGCAGCCGGGAACGGCACUGGCCCAGGCAUUCAAGGGCUUCCUGACAGGCAGGCCGCUCCACCAGCGCAGCCCCAACUUCCUCCGGGGCCUCCAGCUGCACCAGGACUACUGCAGCCAGAAAGACUUCUCCACCUGGGCAGACACUCAACUAGACUCCACCCCUGGCCAGCUGACGCCCCAGGAGCCCCAGCUCUGCCUGGUGGACCCCUCCUACUUCAUCAACACCAGCUGUCCCUCCAUGUUCCGGCCAGGCCGCAGGCUGGACCUCAUCCUGUCCUUCGACUACUCCCUGUCCUCGCCCUUUGAGGCGCUGCAGCAGACUGAGCUGUACUGCCGGGCCCAGGGGCUGCCCUUCCCCCGAGUGGAGCCCAGCCCUCAGGACCAACGCCAGCCCAGGGAGUGUCACCUCUUCUCGGACCCCGCCUGCCCCGAGGCCCCUGUCCUGCUGCACUUCCCGCUGGUCAAUGACUCCUUCAAGGACCACUCAGCCCCUGGUGUCCCACGCAGCCCCGCAGAGCUCCAGGCUGGCCAAGUGGAUCUCACCACGGCCACCUCCCCCUAUGCCCUGUUCAACAUGACCUACAAGGAGGAAGACUUUGACCGCCUGCUGCGGCUUAGCGACUACAACGUGCGGAACAGCGAGGGCGCCAUCCUGCAGGCCUUGAGGACUGCACUGAAGCACAGAGCCCCAGAGCGAAGGCUUCCAGGGACGCAGACCUGA